AUGCUUGAAGAAGCAAGUUAAUUCUACUUAAAGGCUUUGCAAAUCGAACCUAAAAACCAUGAAAUUUAUGGUUAGUUAGGGAGAGUUUAUGAGAGUUUGAAUAAUUUAGAACAAGCAAGACAGUGUUAUCUAAAUGCUAUAAAUUUAAAUAAAUUUGGACCUUCUGUUUAUUAUAAUGAUUUAGCUACAGUAUAUUUUAAGAUGAAUAUGCUGAAGGAAGCAAAAGCAAGCUACUUAAAAGCUUUGGAAAUUUUCCCUGAAUAACCUUAUUGUUACAACGGCUUAGGACUAGUUUAUUAGUAGUUAAGUAUGCUAAAGCAAUCAAAAGAAUGCUUUUAGAAGGCCUUAGAAAUUUACCCAAAUUAUGUUAGCGCUUAUAUUAAUUUAGGUAAUUUAUUUUAUUAGUAAAACUUGCUAACAGAAGCGAAAUAAUAGUUUGAAAAGGCUCUUUAACUUGAUCCUUUAGAUUAUAAAUGUCUUUACAAUUUAGGAAAUAUUUACAUUGAUAUGUAAAUGUUGGAAGAUGCAAAAUAAUAUUUCUUGAAAGCGUUGGAAAUCAAUCCUUAAUAUGUUAAUGGCCAUAAUAAUUUAGGCUUAGUUUAUAUAGACAUGAAAAUGUUUUAAUAAGCAAAAUAAUGCUUUUUGAAGGCUUUAGAAAUAGAUCCCACUUCUUACAAAUCUUAUGCUUACUUAGCAGAACUUUACGCUCACUAAGAGAUGCUAGAAGAGGCCUAAUAAUGUUUUUUAAAAGCUUUGUAAAUUAAUCCUCAAAGUUCUUUCAUUAAGAAUAAUUUAAAGAUGAUAGAAAUUUAAAUUGCUUUAAAAAAAGAGACAAAUAAAUUAGAUUGUUGA